AGCCAUCAGACGACUUUAGGAGCACUUGACAAUUCAUUCUCAGAUUCUACUGGCUGUUUUUACAAAUACGAUGCCUCCUAAUGGCAAAAAGCAAAGUUUACCUCCGAAUGUACUUGGCAACCUUCCUGAGAAUGUAAUCGAUGACAUUCUUUCUCGUUUGUCUUUACGAGAUGCUGUGAGGACAAGCAUGUUAUCGAAGAAUUGGAGAUAUAAGUGGUGCAGGCUUACACAGCUGAAACUUGAUCAAACACUUUGGGAAACAACAAAUGACUUAAUACCCCCUACUGUUAAAAUUACUGACAUUAUCUAUCAGCUUUUGACCCUUCAUGUAGGACAUAUUUCUAAAUUUAUCCUCUCCGUCUUUGAUCUUAUCAACUGCCCUAAGAUUGACAACUUGAUAUAUUUCCUCUCUCGGAAUGGCAUUCAACAUCUUGUUCUUCAAUUCCCGAUAGGUAACCCAUACAAAUUGCCUUCCUCGUUUUUCACAUGUUUGCAGUUGAGGCAUGUGACUCUCCAUCGAUGUAUAGUACGUACUCCACUGGUCUUUAAGGGAUUUCAUAGGUUACUUAGCCUAGAACUAAGUCAAGUCACAAUUUGUACUGAAUUUCUUGGACGUUUUAUCUCCCGUUGCUCGUUGCUGGAGCAUUUGCUGCUGGAAUACGUAGAUAAUGCAAACCACAUUGAGGUUAAUGCUCCCAAGCUGAGAUCAUUUGUCUUCACGGGCAAUAUACAUUUCCUACAUCUAAAAUGUGUCCCUCUUCUGGCAAAAGUUUCACAUGAGUCUACAGCAUCCCUUUUAAAAGCAGGAAAAAAUGAUCUUGUCAAUUUUUUUAACUCUAUUCCUGCACUUGAGCAUCUCCACUGGAAUUACAAUAGUUUCCGGUUCAUGGUUACAGGACCAGGUGAAGUACCAACAAGGCUUCCCUCAGCUCUCAACUGCCUUAAACAUCUUUACCUAUCUGAAAUUUGCCUGGAAGAACGAGUCGAGCUUUUAUGUGCUCUUUGCUUGAUUAGAAGCUCCCCGAAUUUAGAGGAACUUGAAAUUAAGGGGCCUUUUGAUCUUAUGGGCAAAUUACUUGCUCCUGUGCUCUGGAGCGCUGUUGAUGAAAUUCCAGCAACCUUCUCAGAUGCGACGUAUAAUCACCUGAGGGCAGUUAAGAUUAAAGGUGUAGCAGGAGCAUGGGGUGAAAUGCAGCUUAUCAAGGUUUUAUUGGCCAAGUCUCCAGUGCUGGUGAGAAUGGUAAUUGAGCCCGAUGUAGUAGGAGAUCAAUCUCUCAAAGUACUUGCGAAGAUAGCCAAAUUUCAGCGGGCAUCACCUAAAGCGGAAGUGGUAUAUAACGUGGAUGCUUAUCCCGGUUACAAUCUCGCUUGAUGUUCACGAGUCUUUAAUCAUGACCAAGAUCUUUUGUUAAAAUAUUUUGGAAGCUCAAGUAUAAAUAGAAAUGAAUGUUGAUGCAAUAGCAUAAGCCUAUAAGGCUGUGUUUUGCCUUGCUAUUAGGUAGUAUGAAGACUACAAGUUUGGGAACAUAGUGAAUCAGGAUGGAUGUUUUGGGUAGUGUAUAUAUACUGAUUCACAGCAAUGAAUUAAACGUGUAGUUCUUCCAUGCAAAAAAUACUAU